AUGACGAUUCAAGAUACUGCUUCAACUGCAGGUAUUUUGGCAGAAUUGAAUAAUAGAUUAACAUCAUAUGAAAGUACAAUAAGAGAAUUAAGAGUUAAGAAUCGUGACUUUGUGAAUCGGUUGCGUGAUAGUCAACAAAUAAGAAAAGAUCUAUGUAUCAAAAUAAACAAUCUACAAGAUGAAAUAGAUAAAAAGGAGAAGGAAAUUAAAUUGCAGAGAGAUCAAAAUAAACAAUUAAAGAAAAGAAUAACAAAUUUAACAGAUCUUAAUAGUAACUAUCAAAGUAAAAUAGAAGAACUGAGAAGUGCCUGUAAUAAACUAAGGACAAGCCUGAAAAGUGAAUAUGAUAAAGAGAUUAUUUUAGAAGAAAAUAAACUAUCCACUUCAUUAACAAAUAAAUUAACAAAUUUAACAAAAAAGAAGCCAACAAAGAGUACUGAUUCGAUUUCAGAAAAUAACAAACUGCAAUUGGAAGUAGAAAAUACUCCAUCCAUACCUUUAUCAUCUACAUUAACAAAAUUUUGCAUCAACCAAGUUAAACCACUAGUAGCUAGUGAAGGUGAUCUACAAUUUUCAGUAGAAGAAGUUAAGGAAAGUAAUUCAGAAUACAUACCUGUAUCAGAUGACCCAAUAGAUAGAGCAAUUGCAACAUUUUCAAAUAAUAGAAAAAAUAAAGUAAUGUUUUCUAGGGUAAAACAGGGUAUUUAUAUGUAUGGUAGGUUAAUGGUUGAAGCUAAAUUAGUUACAAAACCUGGAAUUGACAAAAACAAACCUUUAUUACGUAUUGCAUCGAGAGGUAAACUCUACACUCUGACUGACUUUGUUACCACUCAUGAGGAUGAGGAAUUCGCUAAUAUUGAAAAUACUUUAAGAAAACAAACAGGUACUAAUGAAUCUUCAAAUUUGGUAGCUUCUCCAGUUACUAAUCUUCGGACUCCUCAACAAUUUACUAGUAAUAUUGUGAAUUCAAGUAUGAUUUCUCCAACCUCUUCCAAAUCAGCUCCAUUAAAUAUAACCUCUACAACCCCAUUUCAAAUGCAAAAGGCUCUUAAAAAUUAUGAUACAACUACUAAUGUACCUCCUCCAUACUAUAAUAACAGUAAUAGUUCAAUACCACAGCAGUCUACUGCAGGAUUUGGAGUACCUUUACAGCAGCAAUCAGUAAGUAGUAUGAUUCCAAAUCAACAUUAUACUUAUUUCCCAACUGAACAUCAAAUAAAUGCAUAUAAUAUUUCAUAUCCCACAACAGCAAUUACAGAUUACAUACCUAUCUCAACACCAAUUGUCUUACCCAGGCAACCUAUGAUCUCUGGACCUAUAGCAUCAUCUCCCAAUGCAUUACCACCUAUGAUCCCAAAUACACCAAUUAUACAACCAAAUCGUGUCAUUCAACAUCCAUAUAAUGUUUCAAAUACUAAUACUACUGAAGUGGAUUCAAAUGUAAACAAUAUAAAUACAAAAUCUAAUACAACUAAUGCUAUAAAUACACCAGCUUUGUCAGAAAAUAUCAACCAUCAAUAUGCAAAUGCUACUUCAGGUUCAAUAAGUGCAGCUACAAUCGGAGAGUGGUAUCGUCAAGCAAGUAUACUCAGUCGAUGUAAUAGCAUAUCUACCAAUAAAGAAAGUGGAAUAUCUAAGACUAAAAACUAG